CAUAACGAUGGUGGGCGGGGCGGAGGCAGCAGGGAAGGGUGGUUGAGCCUGAGGAACAGGGUUGCUGAGUCAGGUGGCCUGGUCUGAGCUGCUUGAGCAUUAGCUGGUGUUUGCAGAAAUUGGUCAUGUCGCAUGCUGCAAAACAGCUGGCCGCUGGCAUCUUACAUGCCACCGGCAAAGGCCAGCAUGGAAACUUCCUGGUCGCCAUCAAGCAGGAGAAGGGGGAAGUUCCCCGGACCAGCAGCGAGAAGCCCCAUGGCGAGGAGGAGCCAGUGAAGAAGAGGGGCUGGCCCAAAGGGAAGAAGAGGAAGAAGAUUCUGCCCAACGGCCCCAAGGCCCCAGUGACCGGCUACGUCCGCUUCCUGAAUGAGCGCCGUGAGCAGAUCCGCAUGCAACAUCCUGACCUGCCCUUCCCAGAGAUCACCAAGAUGCUAGGAGCCGAAUGGAGCAAACUGCAGCCCACAGACAAACAGAGGUACCUGGAUGAGGCGGAGCGCGAGAAGCAGCAGUACAUGAAGGAGCUGCGGGAGUACCAGCAGUCGGAGGCCUACAAGAUGUGCACGGAGAAGAUCCAGGAGAAGAAGAUCAAGAAAGAGGAUGCUGUUUCUGUGUCUGUGAACACUCUGCUGAACGGGCACCCGCACAAGGGCGGGGACUGCUGCGGGGAUGGCUUCUCCACGUUUGAUGUGCCCAUCUUCACUGAGGAAUUCUUGGACCAGAACAAAGCGCGGGAGGCUGAGCUGCGGCGCCUGCGGAAGAUGAACACGGAGUUCGAGGAGCAGAACGCUGUCCUGCAGAAGCACACGGAGAGCAUGAGCUGCGCCAAAGAGAAGCUGGAGCAGGAGCUGGCAGUGGAGGAGAGGCAGACGCUGGCCCUGCAGCAGCAGCUCCAGUCCGUCCGGCAGGCCCUGACCGCCAGCUUCGCUUCUCUCCCCAUCCCAGGCACCGGAGAGACGCCCACGCUGGGCACCCUGGACUUCUACAUGGCCAAACUGCACAGCGCCAUCGAGAGCAACCCGCUCCAGCACGAGAAGCUGGUCGUGCGCAUCAAGGAGAUCCUCUCCCGGAUAGCCAGUGAACACUUAUGAAAGGCCUGGUGUGUCCUGCGGCCCAGCGCUGACUCAGACUGGGACCCUCAGCCACCUCCUCCCACCCGCCCUGACACCUGGAAUCCGCUGGAGCCUUGCGGCUCAGCACCUCCGCUUUGCACAGAUCUUUGCUGGAGAAGGUCCUUUGAAAGGGUUGAGUAACUCUUGGUCCUUCCGUGCAGCUGAGAACUGUGGGCCAGGCCUCUGUGGGGUCUUGGGGGGCAGGCUGCCAAGCAGGGACAGCAAGGCAGCUUGCAGGGUCACUUCUCGGCUCCUCCUGAGCCCCUGGCUCGCUGACUGCCAGGUCUAGGGCUUAGUGCAGCGCCCGGGCGGUAUGACUGGAUGUGCUGCAGGCUCCGCGUGCCCCAUUGCAAACUGGCCCUCCGUUCUCCAGCGAGGCCCCAAGAUUGUGCAGCGAUGCUGGAAAUCCUGCAGCAGCUGCAUUAAAUUAAACCACACAGCCUUAAAGCUGACCAGAAGCUGCCCCUGGCCGCUCACUGUGACAGUAAAUCAGGUGUGUCUCGGGCUGGCCCCACCUUCCAGUUGUCAAGGUAAUGGAGAAGUCUGUCUUGCCAAGGCAGGGCAGAAGUGCUCGUCGCUGGGAGGGUGCUGGUGUAGACCAGGCACUGCUGUCCUUACCCGUGUCACCUAGACCUGUGCCGAGCAGAAGAGGACACAGCAAUGAUAAUGCCACUGUCCUACCCAUGUUAGCGCAACCUCCCCUAGAGCUGCAUCAAUAUUUGGGCAAAAAUAGAUGGGUUCCUCCUUCCCCCCCACACAAAAAAUGUCUACUGUAGACCAGCCCAAGCUAUCAGCAGUGAAACGGUUCAGUGUUGGCAUUGAAACUACCAUUGUUAGGUUUCAGAAUUAACCCAUUGCAGUGAAUGGGGCUGUUCACCCCCGUGGAGCAGUUGUUUCAGGCUGUCUGCAGACUCAGGCACUCACGCUUGAGUCACAUGAAGGCUGUCGCUCUUUGAGCGCUGCGAUCCUGGCAGUGUGUAGUGGGGUGGGAGCUCUGCUCCCCUACCCCUAAAAUAGCAUGGCUGAGUAUUAUGGGGCUGGCCCUGCUGAGCCCUGCCCUAGGGGGCCUGGGGAAGCCAUGUCUGCACGCCGGGGUCAGGCCAGCUUGCUUGUUCUCAGCAUGGGGUCCUCUGCCUUAGUUAGCUAAGGGGCAUGUUUGUAGUGUGGAUGGGACCAGCUCGGUCAGAACUGUGCCGGGACCAGCCUGAUCAGUCUAGUUACAGUCCUGCUGCCUGGAACAGGUCCUUGUCUGCAUUUGGGUCUGUGGUGUAGAUGGGCCCUUAUCUAAUCUUAGGGUCUGUGUUCACUGCUGAGUUAACCCAGGCUCUUACCCCAGUGGAACCUCAGCCCACUCCUGUCCACACACAACCUUGUCCUCUGAGUUUGGUGGUGCUCUCAACCCCGGUUAUCUGGCCCGGGUGCCACUUUCACUUGGAUGGGAACCUGCCCACUUUGCAGUGAGGGCGCAGGCAAAAAUCACUCCGUGCUGACAAUCCUCCAGCACCUUUCCACAGUUCCCCCCCAUGUGCCCAGGAGGACAGACAAGUUCUCCCACACUUCACUGGGAAAGAUCCCUAGAGCAGCUCAGCUCACUGCAGCACAAAGCACCUGGGAAAAGCCCCUGAUGUCCUUGUGACACCCAGGCAAGAGCCAUGCCAGCGUGGGCACAGUAACAGGUGAGGCGCUGCUCGCCCUGGCUGGGCUGGCCUGGGCUCAGACCUGGGUGCAGAUCAUCUGCGUUACUCUGCAGUGUAGUCAUACCCCACGAAGUGUAGGCAUGAGUCUCCAGGGUUAUCAUAUUCAGUUCCCUGCCAUCCUGUCCUGAGCCCACAGGGGCUGGGAGGGGCAGAGGCUGCUGAGGGUGGGCAGACAGCACCCAUUUAAUUGCCCAGUAGGUGCCCGGAGCUCUGGGGAGGUGGGACAGUGCAAUUUAGAGAGCUGUGCCCUGGCGGGAGGGUGCCAUUCUCUGUGCGUGGGCAGGGUGGGAACCCCACUCCAUCCUGGCCAAUCCUGCAGACGCCGCACCAGAGAUGGCCACUGAGGGCACGUCUACAUUGCAGUUCAAACCCACGGCUGGACUGUGCUGGCUGAUUCGGGCUCAUGGGAUCUGGGCUACAGGGCUGUGUAAUUGUGGUGCAGAUGUUUGAGGUGGGAGGGUCCCAGAGCAUUGAGCCCGAAAGCCCCUUAGCCCGAGCCCUGCAAGCACAAGUCAGCUGGCCCAGGCCAGCCACGGGUUGUUAAUUGCAGUGCAGAUGUGGGCUCAACUCUUAACGCUUGCCAAUCAGCCAUAAAGGCUAGAGAUGUGAUCUGGCUCCAAACGCCCUCGUAGCUGGGGCAGGGGGCCUGGCCCAGCUCAGACAUUUCAUUUAUUUUUACAAAGAAGUUAUUUAAUCCAGUCUGAAGUUGACUGUGACCGAACCUCUGGGUGAGCAGCGAAGAGUCGCUCAGUUCCCUCCCGGAGCCUCCUUCCGAUGGGUGAACCCCACGUGGUGCCCUCUUGCUUCAGGACACGCAUUGCUAAUCCCUCUCUGUGUUGGUCUGGCCUGUGAGAGGUGGGGCUGGAGUGUGACGUUUUGAUUUGGUUUUGGUGAGCAGUGAGGACCUCAUAGAAGAAAUGAUUGUAGGGGGACAACCUUAAUUCCAGCGAUCAUAAGCUAAUUCAGUUCAAACUAAAUGGAAGGAUAAAGAAAAAUA